AGGGAGAGGGAGAGCGAGGGCGAGGGAGAGAGAGAGAGAGAGAGAGCGAGAGGGGAGGGAGCAGAAAGAGAGACAGUCAGGGUUUCGGAUUACAUCGCAUACCACCAACAUCAAGAAAUACAUGAAAACGGCCCGUUCUGUACUGUUGGGAUGCCCUGUUCCAGCCGGACCGCCAGCCGGGACGUGUGACAGCCACCCGGGACGUGUGACGACUUCCCCGGGCCGAGCAGCGCGGCUCCCGGGCGCCGCCGCCGCCUCUCCGCGGUGUAGGAGAGCUGGAGCGACCAUGUUAGGGAGGUGCUGCUCUACCAGGAGGUGCUGAUCAACCAAGAAAGGGACCGUCUCACGGCAGGAUUCUCCUCCACAAAGGAACGCACAAGAUGAACUCCGACCUGGAGUGACCUUUUUAAUGGGGCUUUUUUUCUCCUGGAGGUGACCAAGUCAGCGAUGAGCGGGGGUGAAUAAUGGCCAAAAACAAGGAUGCUCGCCCCCCCACGUUCGCCGUCAGCGUGGUGGGCUUGUCGGGCACAGAGAAGGACAAGGGGAACUGCGGCGUCGGCAAGUCGUGCCUGUGCAACCGCUACGUGCGGUCGGACGCCGACAGCUACUACCCGGAGCACACGUCGGUCCUCAGCACUAUAGACUUCGGGGGUCGCGUGGUCAACAAUGACCACUUCCUGUACUGGGGGGAAGUGGCGCACCACGGCGACGACGGGCAGGACUGUAAGAUCCAGCUCAUCGAGCAGACGGAGUUCAUCGACGACCAGACGUUCCUCCCGCACCGCAGCACCAACCUGCAGCCCUACAGCAAGAGGGCGGCGUCGGCCAAGCUGCAGUCGGCCGAGAAGCUCAUGUACAUCUGCACGGACCAGCUGGGCCUGGAGCAGGACUUUGACCAGAGGCAGAUGCCCGACGGGAAGCUGGCCGUCGACGGCUUCAUGCUCUGCGUCGACGUCAGCAAGGGCUGCAACAGGAAGUUCGACGACCAGAUGAAGUUCGUGGGGAGCCUCUACGCGCAGAUCGGCAAGACGAAAAAGCCCAUCGUGCUCGCCGCCACCAAGUGCGACGAGUGCGUGGAGCAGCACCUGAGGGACCUGCAGUCCUUCGCCGCCAGCAAGAAGAACCUGGUGGUGGUGGAGACGUCGGCGCGCACCAGCAUCAACGUGGACCUCUGCUUCCACGCCCUCAUCCAGCAGAUGGACAAGACGCGGGGGAAGCCCAAGACGGUGUCCUACCUGGACGCCUACAAGGUGCAGAGGCAGCACGUCGCCAUGGUGACGGACCGCUUCGAGAAGGUGGUGUUGCAGACGGUCCGGGACUACCACAUCACGUGGAAGCAGGUGAUGAACCAGCUAAAGGGACAGCCGGACUACGAGGACUACAUCAUCAUGGAGGGGACCCGCAAGGCCCGCAACACCUUCACCCGGCACAGCGCGCAGCUCAAACAGGAGCACAUCAGGAGGCGCAGGGAGGAGUACCUCACCGCGCUGCCCAAGACCCUCAACAACCUCCUCAACAACCUGGAGGAGGUGGAGCACCUCACCUGGUCCGAGGCCCAGAGCCUGAUCCGGAGCCGGCCGGACUUCCAGUGCUGGUUCGUGGUGCUGGAGCGCCCGCCCUGGGAUGAGUCGGACCACAUCGACAACAGCGACCGCCGCGUGCCCUUUGACCUCCUGAAGACGCAGGACGGCGAGCGCAUCUACCAGAACCACGUGCAGCACCUGUUCUCCGAGAAGAGGCGGGUGGAGAUGAAGGACCGCUUCAAGAAGACCCUGGAGCGGGUGCACUUCAUCGGGGCCGGGCAGCCCUGGGAGGAGGUCAUGUGCUUCGUCAUGGAGGACGAGGCCUACAAGUACAUCACCGAGUCGGACCGGCGCGACGUCUACAGCCGGCACCAGCUCGAGAUCGUUGAGCGCGCCAAAGAGGACUUCCAGGAGAUGCUGUUUGAGCACGCGGAGCUGUUCUACGACCUGGAUCUGAACGCCACUCCGAGCUGCGACAAGAUGAGCGAGAUCCACUGCGUGCUGAACGAGGAGCCCCGGUACCGGGCACUGCAGAAGCUGGUCCCCGACCGCGAGUCGCUGCUCCUCAAGCACAUCGGCUUCGUCUACCACCCCACCAAGCAGACGUGUCUGAGCGGCCAGAGCUGCGUGGACCUGAAGGUGGAGCAGGUCCUCGCCAACCGCCUGGUGCAGCUGGACCAAGGCCGCUCCAACCACUACUACAACACCCCCAACAUCGACAAGAUCAACCUCUGCCUACUGGGCAAGGAGGGGCUGGCCCAGGAGCUGGCCAACGAGAUCCGAGCGCAGUCCACGGACCACGAGUACGCGCUGGACGGGCAGAUCUACGAGCUGGAGCUGCUCCCGGUGGACGUCAACUCCACGCUGCUCUUCAGCCACAACUGGGUCUCCACCUUCAAGCCCCACGGCUGCUUCUGCGUCUUCAGCUCCAUCGAGAGCCUGAACGGCGUGGGCGACUGCAUCGGCCGGAUCCGGGCGGAGAUAUCGCAGAGCCGCAGGGAGCGCUUCGCACAGCCGCUGCCCUUCAUCCUGGUGCUGGCCAAUCAGAGGGACGCCGUGUGUAAGAACACGCCCAUCCUGCGUCACCAGGGCCAACAGCUGGCCAAUAAGCUGCAGUGUACGUUCGUGGACAUCCCCUCGGGGGCGUUCCCCCGGAAGUUCAACGAGCAGCAGGUGAAGCAGGCCCUCCGGGCCGUGCUGGAGGGGCUGAAGCACAACUCCGACGUCCUGAGCCCCCUGCCCUCCAUCAAGGACAUGUCUGAGACGGACCUGCGGAUCGUCAUGUGCGCCAUGUGCUGGGACCCCUUCAGCGUGGACCUCAUCCUCUCCCCGUUCCUGGACUCCCAGUGCUGCAGCGCGGGCCAGCCCGGCCAGGGCAACACCCUCGUCCUGGACAAGAUCAUCGGGGACACCCGGCGGAGGAUCCAGGUGACGGUGCUGUCCUACCACAGCUCCAUCGGCGUGCGCAAGGACGAGCUGGUGCACGGCUACAUCCUGGUGUACUCGGCCAAGCGCAAGGCCUCCAUGGCCACGCUGCGCGCCUUCCUGGCCGAGGUGCAGGACGUCAUCCCCGUGCAGAUGGUGGCCAUCACCGACAGCCAGGCGGACUUCUUCGAGAACGACGCCAUCAAGGAGCUGAUGACGGAAGGGGAGCACAUCGCCACGGAGAUCGCGGCCAAGUUCACGGCGCUGUACUCGCUGUCGCAGUACCACCGGCAGACGGAGGUGUUCACGCCGUUCUUCAACCACGUGCUGGAGAGGAAGCCGGGCAUCGAGAACGCCUUCAUGCAGGACAGCUCGUCCCGCGACUGCUCCACCACCACGGCGGCCGGCGAGGACGUGUUCCCGUCCUCGCCGCACAGCCACUCCCCCGUCUACAACCCCUACUACGACUCGGAGGAGGACACGGAGGCCCCGCCCCCCUACAGCCCCAUCGGGGACGACGUGCAGCUCCUGCCCACGCCCAGCGAGCGCGCCCGCUACCGCAUCGACCUGGAGGGCAACGAGUACCCCGUCCACAGCACGCCCAACAACGACCACGACCGCAACCACAAGGUGCCGCCGCCCGUGCUGCCCAAGCCGGUGCUCCCCAAGCCCGCCGUGCGGAAGCUGGACCCCAACCUGGUGCGCACCAUCGAGGCGGGCAUGCGCAGCACCCGGCGCUCUCCCCGCGGCACGCUGGCCCGCGGCGACGACGGCGACGGCUCCGAGAACUACGCCGACCCCGCCGACACCCUGCUGAGGGCCAAGGGCUACGGCAACGACGACAUCUACGCCGUGCCCGAGGACGCGCACGGCCUCAUGGUCAGGACGCGCGGCUCCCUGGGGGGGCUGCACGGCGGGGAGCAGGAGAACGGGCUGGACCGGAGGUCGGGCGCCCGCCGGCCGUCCAAGUACAAGCACCGCUCCAAGAUCCUGUUCAGCAAGACCAAGGCGUACCAGCGGCGCUUCCACUCGGACAGCGACGGCGAGGAGUCGGGGCGCGCCACGCAGAAGAAGAAGAAGGGGCGCGCCCACCGGGGCAGCGAGGAGGACCCCCUGCUGUCCCCCACCGACGGCUGGAAGGGGGGCAUCGACAACCCCGCCAUCACCUCGGACCCCGAGCAGGACGACAAGAAGGUCAAGAAGAAGAAGAAGGCCCCCAAGGAGCCAAAGAAGUCCAAAUCGUCCAAGCCGGUGAAGCCCCUGUACCCCCCGACGAGGAGGACCUGGGACAGCAACUACUUCGGGGUCCCCCUCAACACGCUGGUGACCCCAGAGAGACCCAUCCCCCUCUUCAUAGAGAAGUGUGUGGACUACAUCGAGCGCAUCGGGCUGACCACGGAGGGGCUGUACCGGGUCAGUGGAAACAAGACGGACCAGGACAACAUCCAGAAACAGUUUGAUCAAGACACCGGUCUGGACCUGGUUCUGAUGGACGUGGCGGUGAACGCGGUGGCCGGGGCGCUGAAGGCCUUCUUCGCUGACCUCCCGGACCCCCUCAUCCCCUACACCCUCCACCCGGAGCUGGUGGAGGCAGCCAAAAUCUUAGAUUACAUGGAGCGACUGCAGGUGUUACGAGAGAUUGUCAACAAGUUCCCUCCUGUCAACUACCUGGUCUUCAAAUAUAUCAUCGCUCACCUGAACAGGGUGAGCCAACAGAGCAAGACCACCCUGAUGACGGCGGAGAACCUGUCCAUCUGCUUCUGGCCCACCCUGAUGCGGCCCGACUUCGAGAACCCCGAGACGCUGUCCACCACCAAGCUGAGCCAGGCCGUGGUGGAGGACUUCAUCCGCCAGAGCCUCUACUUCUUCUACGGCGGCGAGGUGGCCGACAGCUCCAGCAGCGAGGGCACGCCCCCGCCGCACCACUGCCACAACAUGGUGGAGGUCCUGCUGCCCCUGCAGCUGCCCCCCCCGCUGCAGCCCCAGCAGAUCCAGCACUCCCUGCCCCAGGACCCCCUCCUCCUCUAGAGGGCGCCCCCACACUCAGACUACAGGAGGGGUCAGAACGGGUGUGUGUGUGUGUGUGUGUGUGUGUGUGUGUGUGUGUGUGUGUGUGUGUGUGUGUGUGUGUGUGUGUGUGUGUGUGUGUGUGUGUGUGUGUGUGUGUGUGUGUGUGUG